AUGAUGGUGGACUGGAGUGGACAAGGUGUACCUCGAGUGUGGGAUGUUCGCUUUGAGGACGAGGAUGAGGAUGGCUCCUUCAUACAAGUGGAUGCAACGGUGUUCAUGCAGCUCACGAGUGCAGAAGAACAAAUGCUUGCCGACUUAAAUCUACCGGAUGUUCUUCGGCGAGAUCUCAGGGACAUGCUCUACACACUGCAGCGUCACAGCGAUGAGGACCUGGGGCCGGAGUUCAGAUGGGGGCUGCGAGAGUGGCUGCAGUCUUGGAGCGAUGGGUGUCGCCGCACUGAGCAGAUCCUCAACUGCUUGCGGAGACGUGUUGACUCGUCCGGGGUGUUACCAUAUUGGCCGGUUGUUCGUGGGCCACGACAUGCUGCACAUCGUGUUCGAAGUUUGAACUGGAACCGACAGUGGAGUCGGGUGGUCUGUGGUAUACUGGAAGCAAUGGUGGAUGUACCAAUGGUGCAACACAUUGACCUGAUCCCUGUCAACCCGGAUGCUGCAUCUGGUCCAGACAACCCUGGGGUGUCCGCAUCUUCGCCGACUCGAUCGCGCUCGCGCAGUGCUGGGGAGAGCAGUGCUGCCUCGUCGUCUGUGCCUGGUCGUUUUCAAGUUCGGCGGGUGCGCCGACGUGUGGGCACAGCAGAUGGACCUGGGGUGUCACAGCCUGGUGUGUCCGUUGACUCUGCGGUGGUUGCUGUACCUCGUCCAGCUAUGGUGGUUGGUUCCCCAGACCAUGUUGGUGAAGCUGCUGUCAGCACUGUAGGCGGCAGUGCUGAUGGUCUUCCUGCGGCUGGGGUGGAUGAUGUUGCCCUGGUGCAGCGACUGCAGGCUGCUGAAGCUCAAGAGUUGGCCAGAUUGGGCCUACGACGUGAGUGCAUUAGUGCCAUUGGGUUGUUCCUGGGCGAGCUUGCCUCUAUUGUGGAUGGAGAUCGUGAAGGAAGUGACCUCACCGCUGAGGAUGUUCAGUGGUGUCUUCAUGUCCUGGAUGCCGCAAUUCAGAACGUGAUGGAGGUCCAGGACUAUGUGUGCACGAUCCUUGGGAGGCGUCUUCGGGGGCGUGAAUGUACUUUGCCGGAUGGUGCAGCUCGCGGGGCUGCUUGCCAGGCGUCGCAUACAGUUGUGGUUGGGCUGGCACGUGCAGUUUUGGAUGGUCUCCAUGAACGAGUCGCGAAUGCAUGGCUGGACCCUGAGACGUUGCCUGCCGAACUUCGACGUGACCCUGCACUCUUUGUGGAUGAGUAUGGUGAGUUGGGUGGCUAUGGGGAUGUUGUCGUGGCGCCCUUACCUGCUGAGGAGCAGGGGUGGCUACAGACGUGGAGGCGGAUGGUGAGCCUUCUGGUGCAUUGUCUUCCUCGGAUGUGCCACCUACACUGCCGUCAUUGGGAGUACAACGUCGCCGAACUCUGUUCUCUGUGGAUGGUGGACGUACACUGGAUGUGGCUGGACGUGGUGCUUCUCUUCCGGGUGCUGACCUUCCUGAACGUGCAGAAGAUGUUGCGGGUGAUCCUGCUCCAGUACCUGGUGAACACAGUGCUGCGGGUGGUCUUGCUCCUGAACCUGUUGGUGAUGCUACGGAGACGGCAGUGGGUGAUGCAGUACCUCGGGAUGUUUCGCGCUCGUCAGCUACGACUGCCCGUGAGCGCUCUCGUUCUCCUCGCGGGGAUGUUGGUGGAGAUGGAGAGGACUUUCUGGAGCAGUCCAAUGCUGAAGGGGUGGAUGCCGAAUGGAUGCUCCUGCUGGUCCAGUCGGUCUUCGAGUCACAGAUUGUGCUGCUGCGGUGCCUUCGGGAUGUUCUUCAAGCCCGUGCUGGUGGAGAACGUCCUCUUCCUCCUGAAGCUGGACGUCUUGCUGCAGUACAAGGAUGUCGUGAUGUUCUUCGCACAGUCUUGGAUGAAGUGUGGAAUGUUUGUGUGGGUGUACUUCGCGAUGCUCAGAUGGACCCGUACUGUCUUCCGCUUCGGCUGCAUGGUCGUGUACGUCCUGGUGGACCUCGCUGGGGUGAACUGCCUAGUUCGUGGUCGGAUGGUGUUGGGGUGUCCCGUGAUCUACCUGUGUCGUCGGAUGGUGUUGGGGUGUCCCCUGAUCUACCUGCUCGUGAUGUUCGACAGAGAUCUCGAUCACCCCGUCGUGAUGCUGGUCGUCCAAGUGUUGAAAAGAGUCAAGAAGGAUGUUCUCCUGAUGGUGAUUCGGAUGUGCUGGGUGACGAGUGAGCUCUUCUGGAUCUCAUUCUUCUCGCUGUACAACCGACGAGCAGACAUAGUCGUGGGCGAGCUAUCCUGGAUGCUUCAAGAUAUUCCACAACAGCACGUGGCUGGCAUCCACCCAGCCUUCAAGGUCUUAGCUCUCGGGGAGCCGCCAACAUCGCAGCACCCCUGGCUGACCGAGGUAUUGGAUUUGGGCAUGAAGGCAGCAGGUCAGCUCAAGACCCCAGGCGAUUCAUGUUUCCGGUUGCACGUGCAGCUGCUGGCGGAAGUGGUUCCCUCCUUGCCCACAGCCGCUGCCCAACGCUUCGUUGCAGCCGUGGCGCAGAAGCCAUCAGAGCCCCAGAAGGCCUCCCAGCCGGAGGAGGGGAGGCCCAGCGAGGAGGCACCGAAGGCUCCUUCAGAGCGGCUGGUCGUGCCCAUCCGGGUGAUCCUUCGCGUGGCGCGCGCAGCUGCAGUGGCCGGAGGGGAUCACGAGGUGGAGUUGCUCCACGGCAUCCUCCAGCAGCAGCUGUUUCCCUUCAUGCCGAAAGGUGAGCGGGCGAAGCUCCUGGGCCAACUGGCUGAGCACUUCGGCACGGCGGCAGCCGAGAAGGACUCUGUCCAGUUUGGCGAGUGCGUGGUUCCCAGUGUCGACUUCGUCGGCAUCGAUCGACAUGUAGAUUUGCUGGAGGAGCUGGGGAAGGAGCGCUUCCUCCUCCUUCUGGGGCCGCAGGGUGUCGGGAAAAACCGCGUGGUUGACUACUUCCUGCAAACCGUGGCCAUGGAGCGUGAGUACAUGCAGCUGCAUCGGGACACCACAGUGUCGCAACUCACGGUCACGCCUGUCGUGUCGGACGGCCGCCUGUACCAUGAGGACUCUCCGCUCGUCCGGGCUGCGCAGUUUGGCCGGGCACUGGUCUUAGAUGAGGCAGACAAGGCGCCCCUCGAGGUCGUGGUGAUCCUGAAGUCGUUGAUUGAGGAUGGGCAGCUCGCCCUCCCGGACGGACGCAGGCUUGCUGCAGCUACGGAGGCGACAGCUGGCGAGGGCGGUGCGGCGACGCUGCAGGUUCACCCGGAGUUCCGCAUGUUCGUCCUGGCCAAUCGCCCCGGCUUCCCCUUCCUCGGCAACGACUUGCUUCGCGAGGUAAAGAAGACCAAAACACACUUCAACUACGGCAGUUCCGCAGACACUGCUCCAAGGGCCCAGUCUAGAGCCGAUAGGGAUGUACGACGCCACAUCCGAGUUGCAGCUGGCAAGGGCAGUUGGCUGGGACCCCAGGGCCCCAAUGUGCCCGAUGGCCUCCUUCGCACGCUGGUCGCCCUUUUUGCUGACCUGCGCUUGGCCUUGGAGGCCCUGCAAGCGGUGACGGCGGCCACUCGGCGGGGCAAAUGCCAAAGAGAAGAGAACGGAGCGGACCUCGUUUCGUCGGAGCUCGCAAGGUUAGCUUCCAAAAUGACAGCGAAUAGCUCAGAGAGUGAUAGCACCCACCCACGAAGCGAAGAGGAGGAGCGCUCCGUCUCGGAAUCCGAAGCCACGGAAGCCACGGAAUCCCCACGUGCCUUUUUGGUGCAGGUGCUCCGCUCCGCACGCCUGGCGCGCUCACAGCGGCUGUCAAAGGUAAAGGAGCUCCUAGACUAUGCGAAGGCCGGGGUAAAGAAAGAGCUCCAGAGCGCCGAGCCGAGGGACUACCACGAGGUGAAGCUUCGCCCGGCCAUCCUGGACCCUGCCAAGGCAGUGCCCCUGGCGGAGCUGGCCUUCGACCGUCCGGGGUGGCAUGUGGAUUUGCAGAUGUUCAGAAGCCGCCCUUUCAACGCAGACGUCAUUGAAUUCAGCCUGCUUCAGCUUCAGCAUGUUCAGGGCUGA